UCAGAUUUUCAUCUCAUAAAAUCUUACUUGGAGCAGACACCGUUUGAUCCAGCAUCGAUGGCUGAUAUUCAAAAAUCAAAGCAACCACGGCAACAACCAAGGUCCCACCAAAUAGUCAAGGCAACUACUGCUGUCACUACCGGUGGGUCUCUUUUAGUUGUCUCCAGUUUGACCUUUACUGCCACCGUCAUUCUGUUGACCGUAGCCACUCCAUUGCUGGUUAUAUUCAGUCCAGUUAUCGUUCCUGCUGUGAUAACAGUUUAUCUCUUGCUUAUGGGGUUCUUAGCCUCUGGUGGCUUCGGCGUGACAGGAAUUGCUGUCAUGUCAUGGAUGUACAGGUAUGUUACUGGGAGGCAUCCUCCAGGGGCAGAACAGCUGGACCAGGCAGGCAUGAAGCUGGUUGGUAUGGCAAGGGAAAUGAAAGAACGGGGUGAGCAGUUUGUGCUACAAGCUGCCCAAUAGACACCUUGAAAGACUUGCACGUCACGAUCUCCCUUGUACCCUCUUUCGAUGGAAAGAACAGUACUGAUGUUUAAAGAAGUAUUGGGUGGAGAUCAAGGAAAUUGCUGCGAGGGAUAUGUGUUUUUGUUGGAGGAGUUAUUUACUGGGCUGUGUAAUCUCUAAUUUUUAGUGUCAUUGUCGUUUGCUUCUUGUUAAUGAGUCUUUUGUGAGUGUUGAUCUUAAAUAAUUUGCCGUUUGCUGUCUUGUUAAUUUUGGGUCUGUAAUAAAUGAUGUCAUUUCUUAAUUUCUGGUAUGUUGGUUUUAAUUUGAUAUCCUUUAAUUAA